AACUCCGGCUUCGAUGCUCACUUCACCACACAGCCAUGGCGGAGGAUAUGGACCUAUCACCACCGUCGUCGCCCCGUGGGACGAAGCGAAAAGCCGAUGACAGCCUUUCGCUUCCCGCGCCACGCCGCAUCAAAGCACUCGCGCAAGAUGUUGUUAACAAAAUCGCCGCCGGAGAGAUCAUUGUCGCUCCUGUUCACGCACUGAAAGAGUUGAUCGAGAAUGCUGUUGAUGCAGGAUCCACCGCGUUGGAGGUCUUGGUGAAGGAUGGUGGGCUCAAGCUCCUUCAGAUCACAGAUAACGGACACGGAAUUGAUAAAGAGGAUCUACCAAUUCUCUGUGAGCGCUUCACGACUUCAAAGCUCAAAUCUUUCGAGGAUUUGAGCUCCAUCGGCACGUAUGGUUUUCGUGGCGAGGCGCUGGCGAGUAUCAGUCAUAUCGCGCAUCUCAAAGUCACGACGAGAACGAAGGAGUCAAGCUGUGCAUGGGAGGCUCACUACGCUGAUGGCAAGCUCGCCAGCCCGAAGCCUGGUCAGAGUGCCGAGCCGAAACCCAAAGCUGGAAGGGGUGGAACACAGAUCACCGUCGAGGAUCUGUUUUACAACGUCCCAUCGCGACGUCGAGCUUUCCGCUCAGCAAGUGAAGAGUAUGCGAAAAUCCUCGACCUGGUCGGGCGCUAUGCGGUCCAUUGUGUAGGUGUAUCAUUCUCCUGCAAGAAAGCGAAUGACAACUCCGGUAGCAGUGUAUCAGUACCUGCUUCCGCGAGCAUUAAAGAUCGCAUUCGCCAGAUCCACGGUAGCGCAGCAGCCAAUGAACUAGUAGCUCUAGAAGUUAAAGACGACCGCUGGGGUUUCAAGUGCGACGGUUGGGUCAGUAACGCGAACUACAGUGCGAAACGGACAAGCAUGCUGCUGUUCAUCAACCAUCGAUCCGUUGAGUCACCUACAAUCAAAAAAGGCGUCGAACAGACGUAUGCGACAUUUUUGCCGAAAGGAGGGCAUCCGUUCUUCUAUUUGAAUCUGGAGAUUGAGCCGCAGCGAGUUGAUGUCAAUGUACAUCCUACCAAGCGGGAGGUACACUUUCUGAAUGAAGACGAGAUCAUCGCCAUGAUAUGCGAUGCGAUUCGUGAAGGCCUCAGCAAGGUUGAUACCAGCAGAUCCUUCAUGACGCAGUCCCUGCUAUCGAAUCCGAACGUUCCCUUCGCAACGCCAAUGAAGCAAACAGCACCCACAACGCCAACAACGGGCACCUUAUCAGAUCGCAGCGGUUCGAAAGCGCCGAAGACGGUGACCAAGAAGCCUUACGAAAAUAAUCUAGUUCGGACAGAUGCUUCAGCACGCAAAAUCACAUCGAUGCUCCAGCCACAGCGCUCAGUAGACGAAGCUAGUAAUGUCGAGGAAAUGGACUACGAGUACACCGAAAAAGAGCCCGUAGUAUGCCGCCUCACGUCAAUCAAAGAUCUCCGUGCUGAAGUCCGGGACGCUAUGCACAAUGAGCUCACAGACAUUAUCUCAACACACACCUUCGUCGGGAUCGUUGACGAACAGAAGCGCAUAGCAGCCAUACAAGGCGGUGUCAAACUCUUCCUUGUGGACUAUGGUAUGCUGUGCAAUGAGUACUUCUACCAAGUUGGUCUCACAGAUUUCGCGAACUACGGUUCUAUUCGCUUCAAUCCACCGUUACCGCUGCACGAUCUGCUCAAAGUGGCAGCAGAGCAGGAAAGAAGCAGUACAGGCGAUGCAGCAGAUGAAGUAGACUGGGAUGAGGUUGUUGAAACAGUUGGAAAUUUCCUGAUCAGCAAAGCUGCACUGCUGAGCGAGUACUUUUCCAUGGAGAUUACCGAAGAAGGCGAACUCGGUUCCAUCCCGCUGUUGAUGAAGGGCUAUACCCCUUCUCUGGCAAAGCUUCCGCAGUUUCUCCUGAGGUUAGGACCUCACGUCAACUGGGAUAAUGAGAAAACCUGCUUCCAAACUUUGCUCCGCGAGCUUGCGGCCUUUUAUGUCCCCGAGAUCUUACCGUUGCCGCCGUCUACGGAGAACGAAGAUAGUAGCAAAGGGAAGCAGAAGGUUGCAGAGGAAGAUGCAGAAAUCGCGCUGAGGCGGAAGAAGCUGCGGAGAGUCAUCGAAUAUACGAUCUUUCCUGCAUGUAAAGUAAGACUUGUGGCAACGGCGGGGUUGCUGAAAGGCGUCAUGGAGGUUGCGAAUCUGAAGGGCCUUUAUCGGGUGUUUGAGAGAUGUUAGGCUAAGGAAUCGAAUAUUCGAUGAAUCUGAAUCGAUAAAUGCAAGCACUAACCCUUGUAGCUUUACGAGAUGUCGUUGUUGAUAAUCUAUAUUCAAGUUUCGUGCUGGAAGAUGAAGAAUCUUGAG